AUGGCCCGUACCAAGCAGACUGCUCGUAAAUCCACCGGAGGAAAGGCUCCCCGUAAACAACUGGCCACAAAGGCAGCCCGUAAAAGUGCCCCGGCUACCGGAGGAGUCAAGAAGCCUCAUCGUUAUCGUCCAGGAACGGUCGCUCUGCGUGAAAUCCGUCGUUACCAAAAAUCGACUGAACUUCUGAUCCGCAAACUUCCGUUCCAGCGUCUGGUUCGUGAAAUUGCUCAAGAUUUCAAGACCGACUUGCGUUUCCAGAGCUCUGCCGUUAUGGCUCUGCAGGAAGCUAGCGAAGCCUAUCUGGUUGGUCUUUUUGAAGAUACCAAUCUGUGCGCCAUCCACGCCAAGCGUGUGACCAUCAUGCCAAAGGACAUCCAAUUGGCUCGCCGCAUUCGUGGUGAACAAGGACAGCGACAAAAUGUUCUUGAGAACGGCCCAUCAAGAAAAUACAUUCCAGGAGAUCGACAAUCGCAAGGGAAAACGACAGCACUGAACAAAAAGAAUCCGAAAUACCCAGUAGAACCUGAAACAUCUCCAGUAUACCGAACCAAGCGCGAGCUACCAGAAAACAAGAGAAUAGAUGGAACUGAUGUUGGAAAGGCCGCCAAGAAAUCUGGCAAAGCCCAGAAAAACAUCACGAAGGGCGACAAGAAAAAGAAGAAGCCACGUCGUAAGGAGAGCUACGCCAUUUACAUCUACAAGGUCCUGAAGCAAGUCCACCCAGACACCGGAAUCUCUUCCAAGGCCAUGAGCAUCAUGAACAGCUUUGUUAACGAUAUUUUCGAGCGCAUUGCUGCUGAAGCUUCCCGUUUGGCUCACUACAACAAGCGUUCUACGAUUACUUCUCGCGAGGUUCAGACCUCUGUUCGUCUGUUGUUGCCAGGAGAGUUGGCCAAACACGCCGUCUCUGAGGGCACCAAGGCUGUCACCAAGUACACCAGCUCCAAACUCGCUAUGGCCCGUACCAAGCAGACCGCUCGUAAAUCCACCGGAGGAAAGGCUCCUCGUAAACAGUUGGCCACAAAGGCAGCCCGUAAAAGUGCCCCGGCUACCGGAGGAGUGAAGAAACCUCAUCGUUAUCGCCCAGGAACGGUCGCUCUGCGUGAAAUCCGUCGUUACCAAAAAUCGACCGAACUUCUGAUCCGCAAACUUCCGUUCCAACGUUUGGUUCGUGAAAUUGCUCAGGAUUUCAAGACCGACUUGCGUUUCCAGAGCUCUGCCGUUAUGGCUCUGCAGGAAGCUAGCGAAGCCUAUCUGGUUGGUCUUUUUGAAGAUACCAAUCUGUGUGCCAUCCACGCCAAGCGUGUGACCAUCAUGCCAAAGGACAUCCAAUUGGCUCGUCGCAUUCGUGGUGAACGUGCUUAAGGCGAUUAUCGGCUUUCGUUUGAUCUCAUCUUACAUAACAACCGGCCCUUCUCAGGGCCACAAACAAUUUGAAUGAAGAUAUGCUUGAAUUCAA